AUGGCCCUCAAGCUUAAACAACGCAAUAUCUCCGAGACUGCCUCCGCACCAAAGGUGGACACGACCGCCAUCGUGCGAGGAGUCAUUGAUGAUAUUCGCGCAAGUGGUGACGAGGCUGUGAGAAAGUAUUCCGAGAAGUUCGAUAAAUGGAGUCCCGCCAGCUUCAAGCUUUCAGAGGAGGAUAUCCAGUCGAUCAUUGCGACUGUGCCUCAGCAGGUUAUCGAUGAUAUCAAGCAGGUUCAGGAGAACGUGCGGACAUUCGCCGUGGCUCAAAGGGCCUGCAUUAAGGACUUGGAGAUUGAGAUUCGACCUGGUGUUCAUCUGGGACACAAGAAUGUCCCGAUUAACUCUGUUGGAGCUUAUAUUCCCGGCGGUCGUUACCCUCUCCUCGCCUCAGCCCAUAUGACCAUCCUCACAGCCAAAUGCGCCGGAGUCCCGCACGUCACAGCCUGCACGCCCCCGAUCGCAGGAAAGAUCCCCGCGAACACAAUCGCUGCGAUGUACUUUGCCGGCGCAGAUGAUAUCUACGUCCUGGGCGGCGUGCAGGCCGUCGCAUCGAUGGCCAUCGGAACCGAGACAAUGAAGAAAGUGGAUUUCAUCGCCGGACCAGGCAACGCCUUCGUGGCCGAGGCCAAGCGCCAGCUCUUCGGCGAAGAGAUCGGCAUUGAUCUUCCCGCCGGACCAACCGAGAUCCUGAUCGUUGCCGACGAGCACGCCGAUCCAUUCGUUCUCGCCACCGAUCUCCUCUCGCAAGCCGAGCACGGCCCGGACUCCCCCGCCGUCCUCAUCACAAACUCCCAGACUGUCGGUGAAAAGACCAUCGCCGAAGUCGACCGUCUGCUCAAGAUUCUCCCCACCGCCGACAUUGCGGCCGUUUCCUGGGAUCGGCUUGGCGAGGUUAUCGUUGUCGAGGACAUGGAUGCGGCGUACAAGCUUGCGGACGAGUAUGCGUAUGAGCAUGUGCAGAUUCUUACUCAGAGCCCUCGUGAUGCUCUGGUCAAAAUGUCUAACUACGGUGCUUUGUUCUUGGGUGAGAAGACCUGUGUCUCAUACGGCGAUAAGUGUAUUGGAACCAAUCACGUUCUCCCGACUCGUGGUGCAGCCCGGUAUACUGGUGGUCUUUGGGUUGGCAAGUACCUGAAGACCGUUACAUACCAAGAAGUUACCUCUGAGCGGGAGAGUGGCGAGCUCGGUCGUCUCUGUGGACGAUCUGCGCGUGCGGAGAAUUUCGAAGGUCAUGCCCGGUCUGGCGAUGCUCGUGCUCAUCAGUACUUGGGGGAUAAGUUUGAUUGGAUCUAG